CAAAGCCAAAGACUUAGAGGUAAUUGAAACGAUUAGUCUCAAGCCAGAGCUUAAAUAAGAAGGACUAUAAAAAUAAAUUCAAAUGUUGGCUUCAAAAUUUUAUAGUGUAUUCGUUAUAAUAUGUGCCAUACAACUUUCCUUAGCAGGUGUCUUAAGACCCCCUUCCCCUUUGAUCACCGAUGAAACCAAAGAAGAAUUUGAAAAACAAGUUCGCUUGGAAACAGAAGAGUUUCUUAAUAAUAUCUUUAAAAAUCAAAUUGGUUUCUUCAAUAAAGUGAAGACCUCUUUAAAUCCAGAGACCCAACGUUAUAAAGACAUUGAAUCAUUUGUGCAAAAAUUGGAGUUGGUCAAACAGGAGCAAAGUUUGGAUAGAAAAGAUGAACUUUAUUGGGAAUCUUUGAGAAAGAUCGAUAAAUCUUCUUUGUUGCUAAAUGAGCCUGAGGAAACCGGCAUGGAAGAUGAUGAUUAUCAAAAGGUGUUAGAGGAGAAUGGCAUUAAGGAUUUGCUAAAGAAUUUCUUGGCCGAUGUGGCAGUUUAUUUUUGGAAAAUGGCCAAACAUAGCGGUAAAGUGGUGGAAACCACAGUGGAUCGUUUUAUUGAUAAUAUGCAAAAAGAUAAAGUGGUAUUUUAGGUUUAAGAAAAAAAUAGAAAUAUAUAAUAUUAGAGGUAGAAUAAACAACUAAAGUUAAAGAAAAAAAUUAAAAGAAAA